CUUUCCGGUCCGAUAGGUGGCGGUAAUGUACCAAGUUAGAUGGAAGCUGCUGCUCAAACCCAAAGAAGAAGCCUCCUCCCGGAAGUUCCUUCACUACUGCGGUGUUGAUGGUGUUUAGCUUCUUGAAGCGUUUUGAAAGGAACACACAUUGGCAUGUCGCUAUCUAGAAGGAACUAGUAGUUGACAAUGGAGAUCCUCACUCCUCAUGUUUACUGGGCCCAGCGUCAUGGAGAGAUUUUUCUCCGGGUGGAGUUGAGCGAUGCUAAGAAUCUUGAAAUCAACCUCCAUGAAAAAACUAUGCAGUUCAGAGCACAGGGCCAUGGAGCUAAAGGAGAUAAUGAAUACAAGUUUAUUUUGGAGUUCUUGGAAGCCAUCAGACCUGAGAUUGAACAUAAGUCAACUCAGCGUCAGGUGGACAUCAAAAUCAAGAAGCAGGAGGAGCGCUGGUGGAACCGUCUGACGCUGCAGGAGAAGAGGCCUCUGUUUCUGGCCCCUGACUUUAACCGCUGGCUGGACGAGUCUGAUGCCGAGAUGGAACUUCAGGCUAAGGAGGAGGAAAGGAUAAACAAGAUAAGUGUGGAGUCAAGAGUUCGUAAAGACCACUACCUCGGGCUUAAAAAAGGCUACCUAUUUAUGUACAACCUGGUGCAGUUCCUCGGAUUUUCAUGGAUCUUUGUCAACAUGACGGUUCGACUCUUCAUUCUUGGUCAAGAUUCCUUCUAUGACACCUUUCACACCACAGCUGAUAUGAUGUAUUUCUGUCAGAUGAUGGCCGCGCUGGAAGUUAUUAAUCCUUUGCUCGGCUUGGUCAAGACGGGAGUUUUCCCCGCCAUGAUACAGGUCGCGGGGAGGAACGUCAUUUUGUUUGUCAUAUUUGGCAGCCUGGAAGAGAUGCAGAACAGACCUGUUGUCUUCUUCGUGUUCUACCUGUGGAGCACUAUCGAGGUGUUCAGGUACCCUUUCUAUAUGCUGGCCUGCAUGGGCACCGAGUGGAAGCUGUUGACCUGGCUAAGAUACAGCCUUUGGAUUCCUCUCUACCCACUGGGGGUUGUUGCUGAAGCGGUGGCUCUGAUCCAGUCCCUCCCCAUCUUUGAUGAGAACCGUCUCUUCAGCCUCCCGCUGCCUGCAGUGCUGGGGCACUCCUUAAGCUUCUCGUACACUCUGCAGCUCUACCUGGCGCUCAUGUUCUUAGGACUCUUCAUCAAUUUCCGAUAUCUAUACAAGCAGAGACAGAGACGAUACCGAUCAAGGAAACGCAAGCUCCACUAAUGAAGCAGGACGUCACUCACACUCUUAAGACGCGAUGUUUCCUUUUCUUGUUCCCUUUACUGUACACCAGGGGUGUCAAACUCAAAUACAGAGUGGGCCAAAAUUUAAAACUGAACAAAGCCGCGGGCCAAGGUUGAACAAAUUAACCUUUUAAUAGGGACCCAAACAAGUUGAAUAUUGAACAAGCAAGGCUUAUAUAACUUUAUAGUGACAUGCAAAAUCGAGUUUCAAAUAAUAAUAAUAAUAAUUUAAAAAUAUCAAUGGCAUAUCAAAUACAAUUUAAAUAAAAAUUGAAUGCAUUUUUUCUAUUUGCAGCCUUCUGAGGUAAAUAUCAACAUUAACUUUUUCCACAGGCUAAUAAAUGUGAAAAUAAAAUAACAAUGAAUAAACCAACCAUUCAGGACUUUAAACUGCUCAGUUUGCAACACACUGAUCUAAUCGAUGUGCCCAAGCCAGAUACCUGGCAUCUUUUCUUGGAUGCUAGUUCAUUAAUGUCGGGGCUCAGGCUUUGAGCUGAGGCAACCUUCAUUAUCGAAAGAAGGUGUUCAUCAGUCAUUAUAUCUCGUAGUCCACCCGGACCACAGUCUUGGGGGCGUGCCUUAAAGGCACUGCCUUUAACGUCCUCUACGAGCUGUCGUCACGUCCGCUUUUCAUCCAUUCUAACAACGUGCCGGCCCAGUCACAAGACAUGUGCGGUUUCUGUACGCACACACACGUGAAUGCAACGCACACUUAUAUCGCUGUUGAUGAAGUAUGCUUGCAUUCACUUGUGUGUGAGUGCAGAAGCCGCACAUAUUAUGUGACUGGGCCAGCACUCGUUGGACUGGAUGAAAAGCGGACGUGACGAUUUUCGGGAAGGGCACUGAAAUUUGGGAGUCUCUCGGGAGGGUUGGCAAGUAUGACAAUUAGCGGUGAAUGCUGUAUAUAAUCGGCGGGCCAGCUCUAGUGUUAAUUUGAUAUCGCCUCAAGGGCCAAGUGAAAUUACACGGCGGGCCAGAGUUUGACACCCAUGCUGUACACACACAAAGGUGAAUACUUACAUUGUUCCUCCAUUUCCUGGAUGUUCUCUACAUGGGACUUCAUAGCUUGACUAUGAAUUGGAAGUAUUAAAAACAUCCACCUUGUUUGAGUUUGAGUUUGAGUUUGAGUUUAUUUCGAACAUGCAAGCAUACAACAUGAUACAUCACAAUUUCCAGUUUCUUUUCAUUUAUUUAUUGUUAGAUACAGCCAUAAAUAAGAUGGUCAUCUUUUCAAAGGAAGAUGUCAGCCCUCCAACCCUGACAUAUAUGAAACCAUAUAUGCAAACAUUCAAUAUACAGUAUGCCUUCUUCACCUAUUGGAUUAACAUGUUGUGUUGUAUAG